GCGAGCAGGCUGAGCUUCCGAAUCUCUGACGGUUUUUGGAUCGCGUGUUUGAUUUGAAUCUCUGACGGAAAUCCUGCAAUCGUGUCCUUGUCAAACUCCUGCUCCCGUGUCCUUCUCAAACAAAGAAACCGUCCCGACCCGGAUUGGAGUUCGAUGCUAUAAAUUGAAUUGUUCUCUGCCAGAAUCCUGAACCAGGCCAACACCACCAGCGAGCAGUGCACCGUUGAAUUGUUCUCUGCCGGAAUCGUGAACCAGGCCAGCGCCACCAGCGAGCAGUGCACCGUCGCUUGGGGUAAAGAUUUGCCAGUCGUAACACCAUGCUCAGCAUCAUGUCGCCUUUGAGUGCGCCGGAGGAACAGGCACCGAGUUCUCCUUUGAGUACGCCGGACGAACCAGCACCAUGUUCGCCGGAAUUCUUGGUCCAGAGAAGCACUGUGAGUCCAACGGUGGCUACAACAGAGAUCCCAAAGACGUCUGAUAGAACUCAGGUGGAGGCCAAGGAGAUUCGGCUCUCGGACAUGCCACCAGUAACACUUGAUGAUAGCAACAUGCACACUAAAACAGAUGACAUCACUGAAAUGAACAUUCAAGAGGAUUUCGAUAACCGACCUUCAAAAAAAGCAAAAAAUUCCGAAUCAGGUGUUCUGGAGCCAUCACCAAUCUCACCAACUAUGUCAGCAUCUAAUCCAGUUUCUGAAUGUUUUGAAUCGAUUGUGCCUGAAUCAGAUAAUCAGAUAGAUCAUGAACCAUUGCAAUCACCUCCAUCACCGUCUAGCUCGACAUUAACUCCUGUUUUAAUAUUACAUGAUGUCAAGGGACCAGAUCCAAAUAAAGGGAUCAAAGUUGAUGAGACAUAUGAUUAUCUCCCACAAGACUAUACAUUGACCGACCAUGAUCUAUGUGCUCAUAUAGUAAUAGAAUCAUCUUUGAGAAAACAGUUGCUCGUUCAGAUAGAUGGAAGUUGUGUCUUGCAAAAUCAAUUGAUGUGCCUGCUAAAUGAAAAGGAGUGGAUAAAUGAUGAUGUGAUCAAUGCAUAUAUAUGUUGUAGGAAGGACCAAAUACAUGUCCAGAAUGAUAAUAAAGUAUAUUUUGAGAGUCCAUUUGUUCCCUCACUAUUUAAACGAGAUGGCGAACUUGGAAUACGAAAAGAUAGUGCCUUCAUGAUAGAGACCGUCAUCGAAUAUAUGCAACAUGACAUGGUAAUAUCCAUAUUCAUAAUUUACAUGUUCUAGGUUUCAACAUUUUCAUUAAUUAUUUUCCUAUAAUUAUCUUUAUUACAUAUUAAACUUCCAAUAAAUGCCAACAACACACAUUGCUAUUUAGCUGUUGUGAAUACAAAAAAAACAUGAGGUUCAAGUACUGGACUCAUUGUGCUGGAACUCUGACCGUGAUGAUCUCGCUCAUACGCUACGAAGAGUACAAUUUCAUUUGGACCUUCUUAAGAGCCAAAACUUGGUAAAAGACAAUUGGAAAGACAUUGAUCUCACUGAAUGGAAGAUCACGGAACAAUUACAAAAGGCAAUUCAAAAAGACAGUUCUUCAUGUGGUUUGUUUAUGGUCAAAUUUAUGGAAUACUUCACCGAAUGUGCACUAUCUUACCCAAUUACAUAGCUGGACUCUGUAGCUUCAUUAAAUCAAUCAAUUACACCGAGAUUUUAGAGUAAGUCUUUUCAAAAUAGUUUUGCAAUUGUAAAUUAUCUUACUUAUUUUCUUAAUGGUUUAUUUUACUAAUUUUAUCAUUAUCAUGAAAGUAUGGAUCCAAAGUUCAAAGCCAUAUCCAAUUAGCUUGCCUCUCAAAAAACUACAAGGAAUGCUAAAGGAUGAUUUACCCAUGGACAAAGAUUGCUUUAAUUUGGUUGUACGAAAGUUUAUGUUUGAUGACAUCCAAACGGCACAAAAAACAAAACAUUUGAUAGCAAAACAUUAUCUGGAUAUGAAAUUUUGGAUGACUACUGAUUUUGGACGGCACCCAGACUUCCGUAAGAAGUUAGAUGUGGAACAACUAGCAAUUUCUGUUCAUAAUUGGCCUGGUAUAAAAUAUAAUGUUUCAACAUGCAAAACGAUCCAUAUUCCAGUAUAGUCCAACGGUGAUUUCAUUCUAUUCACAUUGGACAAAGAUACCAGGACCGUGUACAUUUUGGACCCUGCUCCUAUUAAUCCCAUAUACCGAUGGAACCCACUCGUGAAAUAUGUGCGCAAAAUUAUAUGGAUUGCAGAACACUUACCAAAAGCAAUGUCAAAAGUAUGCCCUGGGUCUAUAUGGAACGAGGAUAUUCUCCUAUGGCAUCAAAAAAUCCUAGAUGAUAUUCCGGUUUACAACAGGGAACUAUCUGGUUAUCUUGUUCCCCUGUUCAUGUCCACAUGGGAAAAUGAAAGAGCACAUUUGCCAAUUUUAAAGGAUGGAUAUGAACGCACAAAAAUUAUUUUGGGCCAACUGCUAACAUUCAAAAGCAAUGAAAGUGAAGAUAACAUGUCUGCCGGUGUACUUGAAUUCAUCAGUUGUAUCAGGAAAAUCCAAUGUAAAACUGGACUUGCGUGCUAUUUCUGAAAAAAGAAGCUUCUCGGUUGGCUGGCAUCUCUUUAGUAGUUUUACAAACGUAGCAAAUGAACCAGUUGGGUCAAUUACAGAAAUUUGGCUGUAAAUGACUCUCAGUUUCUACCUUGUAAUGAAAUCUAGACAUGUUCUCUUUAACAGGAUUCUGAUCUUGAUGGUGGUCCUAUGUAUUAGUUGAAAUUUUAUGAUGUUUA